GAAUGGAACCAUUGCUUAUUGAUGAAGAUCAGCAACAGAAGACUAAAAGGGGGUGGGGAACAGCUGCACACUGGAAGAUCGCUUGUUUGCUCACCAUGGCUGUCUUGCUGGCCCUGUUAUUGAUAUUUAUUACGCUGUCAGUAUCAGGACGAAGGCUAUGCGGGGCACAGAAAGGUAAGACAUACGUUUGAAGAAGGAUGUUUAUAUGCGGUUAGGGCACCAAAAAAUUGGCUUGUACUGCGCGCAUAUUAUUUCAGCGAUUAAACCUUAUCUUCCCUCUCAGUAGAAGUGUUUGGGUCAGCAUCUGUUUGGCUGAUGAAUCACUCGUUCGUAACGCAUAAGCUGGGAAGUUACCAAAAUGUUGCAAAACGACUUCUUACUGCUAUUUGAAGUUCACAGUUGCGUUAGUUCCCCUUUUGCAGCUUCUUGUGGAAUGGAGUUUUACGCUUCUUGCGUUUGAAACGUCUUGCCGAUGUCCUGCAUUUUCUCUUCUUUGACUCACUCGGGCAUUCCUGAGCCAAUUAACGCGGUUCAUCAGUCAAUGCAACGCAUCUGCUAACUCCCUCUCCCCUUCCCCCCUUGCCAAGAAAAAGCGGCCUCAGUAAAGAAAAGAGCCGACCUUCAAAUGUGGAGAAUGCUAAACUUUUUCAGUGAGGCUCAGCUCUUUUAUUUCAGUCAGUAAAACGUCUGGGUCGCUCAUGGGCCCAAAUCAUUACCGAGAACCUUGUUCCGCAUACGUAAACAAUCAGUUUUUUAACAUCUUCAUUUAUCAUUGCUGUCCAUAAAAAAACUGGACUCAAUAAACGAAGCCAUUGAAGCUAUGUCCAAUCGCCUUGACUGGCAAGACAAACAAAUCGGAGAGGAUCUCGUAAAUUUGAAUGUUUCAAAGAACAACGGUCUUGGAAAUGCAAGGUUUCUAUAUUAAGAACUUGUAGUGGUUUUCUUUAGUGAGGUUUUGAUUUGUGAAAAAGUCAUAGCUAACGUGAAAGUCGUUUUUGUCAUCUAAAUAGAUGUGCCUGCUCUAAUUUGAUAAACCAGCCUUCCUUGUUUUAAAAAAACAAGGAGGGGCUAGAAUCCUCACCAGGAAACCCAGUUUGUCCUUUGUCCUGGGCACUUAAAUGGGUUAUCGCUUGCGUUAAAAAUCCUUUUCUAUUUGUCACGAUUGUCUACAGAAAAGAUGGACUCAAUGUACAAAGCCUUUGAAGCAUUGUCCAAACGUCUUGACUCACUGGACGUAAAUAUCGGAAGAAAACUGGAUUUAGUAAAUGUCCAUGUUAAGAACGCAUCUCAGAGGACAACUGCUUUGGAAAUGCAAGGUAUGCAUUUUAAGUCGCAUAUAUGCGUGUGUAUUGGGCCUCUUUUUUCACUGCUCAUCUUAAGGUCCUUGAAAAAACUGAAGACAAUGAACAAAACUAUCGGAAGCCUUUUCUAAAAGGUUCGAUGGUUGAAUUUCAUUUGGUAGGGGAUCUGGGCUGCAGCUCGAAUGUUCACAACGUGCCAUAAUCUUUCUUUGCACCACCUACGUGUGUAAUCAGCCAUUUUAGCUUUUAUUUUGUCGCGAUUGUUUACAGGUAACCAGGACUCAAUGUUCAAAGCCAUUGAAGCUUUGUCCAAACGCUUCGACUCCCUGGACGCAAAUAUCGAACGAAAAUUGGAUUUAGUAAACGUGAAUGUUAAUAACAUGUCUGAAAGGACGACUGCUUUGGAAAUGAAAGGUAUGUAUAUUUUCAUUGAUUUUCAACUUACGUAGUAUUGCUUUUGCUUUAAUGCGGCUAAUGAUUGAUCUAUGAAGAAAACUUGGGCCUCCCUCUCAACCAAGGAGAUGCAAAACAAAAAACAAGUCUGACUCAAUGAUGAACAUUCCUCCUCCUUGUGGCUGUUCACGUCGAGUCACCAAUCCUCCCUUAUGACAUAAUUUUCCUACACAGUUAAACCUGCAUCAAGAGGUCACCCACGAAGAAUGGCUGGGGGUGGCCGCCCAAGGCCGCGUAAAAGCGAUGUAAAACGCCAAUUUCAAGCCCAAAAAUUUUACCAAUACGCAAGUGGACAUUACGCAUCUAACGCAUGUUCAAGGAUGUAGUGUAACACAAUCCGAUUGCAUCCAACCCUCGCUUGCGAGUGGCUUGGUGAUCUUUGGCUUCACUUCUUUGAAUGUACUCCACACAAACACUCUAUCAACACACGUGGGGAACCUCUCGAGAAAUUCAAUAUUAUGUCCUGAAAGUAGACUUUCAAAAGUGUAAAAGAUUUAUUUGACAGUUCGAUUUAAUUUCAUUUAAAUAUACUUGCAUGUCAAAAUCCCAAUUUUUGGGAAAUCUCAGAUAUUUUUUCCUUACGCAGAUAACCUUAAAAACCACUUUGUAAAUUAUGUGAAAAUUACAAUCACGCAGGGCAGCGUAACUUGGAAAUAGUACUCAGAAACAGCUGUAAUCUCUCUGUGAAAUUCAUUUUGAUUCAGUACGUAAGAAUCGAAAUUUGUUUGAAAAACUUUCUUCUUUGACAUUUCGAAAUCACACCAUGAACCAAUAUGUUUUUUUUGUCCCACGCAUUUAUUAUUGAAAGAUUUUAAGAUCUUUGUUUAUGUCUUUCAAUUUCUUCAGGAAGACUGGCUCCAAUUCACAAAACAACCGAGGCGUGGUACACAAGUCCUCACUCGUUUAACAAAAGUGUCGUAAGGAAACUGGAUUUCGUGAUUAAGUCAAUCGAAGAGCUCUCUUUGCAAUUUAAGAACACAUCUGAAACGAUAAAGACAUCGGUUAUGCAAAGUAUGCAUCUUUAAAAUAAUUUUCACUUUCGUGUUGUAAGUAAUGUAGGAUUGCUUGAUUUUGCUCUACUACCCUAUGCCAACUUGCAUCACCCUAGCUAGCCAAUCAACUAUUAUGAUGUAAAAAUAAUCAUGGUACAAUCAGAGAUGAGAAACUUAAUAACAUUUCUCAAGAGAUUUAUAUUUUUCUUUAUUAAUCUAUAUUGACAUAUUUAUAUUCAUGAGUCUGUGUAUUUACAUCUAUCUAUUAAUCAGUCAGGAAAAUUUGUCCUUUGUUGAAAAACCUGAAGAGUGGUUUUUCACACAGUCAGAAAAACUGCACGGGGGAGUCUAUUUCAUUCAGAUUUAACUGUGGUUACUGGUUGAAUGGACCCUCAGAGCGUCUCUACCUGGUCAACGGUUCAUGGACGGGAGUGCAGCCAACUUGUGAAUUUAGUAAGAGUUUGACUCCAUAAUUAUUUAGAGUGUCUUUCGGGUAAGGUUAGUCCUGAAAAAAUUGUUAUUAGCCUUAAUGACAACCGGAGACGAAGUAUAUCAUUGAAAUUAGUUAAUGCUGCAGAUGAAGCAUUGGGCAAAGUCCCAGUCAAUAGUGUGGUUUGUAGAUUGAUGAUGUUCCGCCAUUUGAUUUUUUUACAUCAUCGCUCGUUUAUGUUGAGUCAGUUUUCCGUUGAUGUACCUGCAAACCUCUUUGAUGUUACAGGGAGCCCAGCAACUGGAAUCCCUAAUCUCGUUUGUGUGUAUCUAACUUUAGUCAGUAAAUGUCGAAACGCAAUAAUCAAUUUGUUGGUUUUUCGGACGUUGUGGGGAUGCUUCCGAACAUAUCCGUUACGUUUUGCAAUGUCACUGAGAAAGUAAGAGUCGCGUUGUAUAUCGUGUAUGAAAUUUGUGGGUGUUUCAUCACUUAACAGAAGAGUCGUUGAAGUCUUGAAAUCACUCGGGAUGUUGUAUGUAACAGGGAAUAUUCUUGAUUCUGAGAUAUAAGUUACCAGUCAUUCUUGCUAAGAUGAGUUCUAGACUUUUCUCGUGGGUAGAACAUUCCGUUACGAUGGUUAUAACAUCUAAAAACUCCAUUUCCUCACUAAAUAUCCUUUCGUUUGAUUUCAGUCAGCCCGAACUACUCUUUGUUAUUUCCAUAUAAGAGUGAAAAUGAUUACGUAAUCAUCACGCAUAGAAUGCCAAGCCUUACAGCUGUGACACUUUGUAUGUGGAUAAAGACUAAUGCUACAGGAAAUAGAGGAACACUUCUUAGCUAUGCUGUGAGCGGAGAAGAUAACGAACUGCUCUUAUUAAGGCCCAGAGAUUUUGUGUUCAGCUUACGAUCAGUUUGGAGGUACGAGAAUACACUUUUAUUGAGGAAUAGGAACGAUAAACUGCACAUGAUGUGCAGAGUCCGCCUUGUAUUAUUUAAAUCAUGAAUCUGCAAUAGUAAAUGUUGUCAUAGCUAUUUAGUGAACCAUAUUUAGCUAAUCCUAAUAGCGGAGCCCUGAAUGUUAUUUCCUUAAACUUAUUAUCCAUAAAAUACAGUACUAUUGGACAAAGCCGAUGUUUGACUUAAAAAAACUCGGCGUUGUGCGUUUUUCUUUCUCAAAUUUAUCCAUAUCUUGAUAUGAAGACGCAUCACCAGCAACCCGAAAGUUUUAGAAUCAUGGGAAGUCAACAAUAAAACAUCUCAUGAAAAUGGCAUCAAGUGCCUUGCAGACAGAGCUUGAUGAUAUUUUAGCAUUUCACCUCUCUACGUGCAGAAAGAGAUAGAAGAGGGAUACAGGUUCAAUAAUUAUCGCGCCAGACUCAAAAUCUAUCACACCAAUAAUCUUCAACUACUUUAUCUAUCGUUCAACCUUUUCAAAAUGGAUUAUUAAGGAAAGACUUUGAAUCCUUUCAAUGUUCAUUAUAGUAGUCCCACCAAUGUAUCUGCCAACGAUGGAAAGUGGCAUCACAUCUGCUUCGCAUGGGAGAAUACUGCUGGAUCGUGGAAAUUGUUCAAGGAUGGUUCAUUGGGGGCUAGUGGUAGAGGAUUAGCAAAAGGUAAUUUGUACUCAGAAAAUAUCGAACAUCAAACUAAUUCACAAACUUUUGCCGUCAGGCAAGUCGAGUAUUUUCAAAAAAAAUGUGAAAAUUUGCAGAUUAAACGUUUUGCUUACUACAACUUUAUUUAAAUCGUUUGCUCUUGUAUUACUAAAACACCUUUAAAAAAGCUAACAACAACAAAAAAACAAUAAAUACUUUUCCACGAAUUGGUUUAAAAGCACGACUAGCGAAGGAAUGGAGACAUAUUCUUGCUCUUAAUUACAGGCCGAUUGAUCCGCGGAGGUGGACACCUUGUACUUGGACAGGAUCAAGACAAAUUGGGAGGAGGCUUUCAAGAAUAUCAAAGUUUCAUUGGUGAAAUGGCAGAUGUCAAUAUCUGGAAUCACGUGAUUUCAGACGAAGAAAUCAGGCGCAUGUCCAAGUCGUGCUUGACAGGGACGGGAAAUUUGUUUCAGUGGAGCGACUUCAAAUAUCACAGAAUGGGCUCGGUGCAGAUAGUUCAGCCUUCUUGCUUAAAUUAAAAUGCGUAAUGCUUUACUGAAGUUGAAAUUUUAAUCGUAUUUAGUUAGUUUUAGGCUUGUUUCAUUAAGUUUAAUUUUAAAGUUCAAAACAACCGUAAAAAUGAUGGCACUAAGUGAUAAGCACCCUUCUUUUUCACUGUGAAACUUCCUAAAUGUUAUAGAAAUGUCGUUUCCGUUCUUAAAAUUUCUCUUAUCAUUUUGCAAGUUUGCGUUACUAAUUUGCCGCGUGAAGAAUUAUCUUUCCGCUCUGGGAAAUAAGUUACCCUGAGAUCCUGUAAGACGUAUGAAAAUAUUAAUUAAUAUGAAUAGAAAAUACAGCCGGGCCGUUAACUUUAAGGCAGCUUUUCAAAAACAAAAUUUCUAGGUCGAUUAACACAAGAAAAAAUAAGUUGAAAGGGUUGAAACUUUGAGGUAGUACCUCUUUUAUAAUUAUUUCUUUUAUUUCCUUUUUUGUUCCUUUUUCCUCUUUUUUCUUUUUUUUAUUUGUUAUUUUUGCCCUUUAUUAUCCUUUUUUCGUCAAGUUCCAGGCAUUCAGUUGGUGGAGACGAACAGGAGAGCGAAAAAUUUUUCCACGGGAAAAAGAAUAGAGUGUGCAAAAAAUGGCAUGCGAAAGAGCGCUCUCUUUCUAUUGCUGUAUCCCUAACAACCAUGGUUAACCGCAACCGACAUGCGCCAAGUUGCUUGCCAAUUUUUUAGCCCGUCUAUUUUACGUUUCUCUCUCAACUAAUAUCCAAGUCCAAACCAAGAGAGAUGUUGUUUUCGAAGAGUAAAUGUGUUUCAUGCUAUCACCAAUAACGUGUCGUGAGUUUGACCAGUAGUCGCGAGUCACGGGUUGCGACUGAUAACAUUCUCCGAAGAUAAAAUCGGUAACAACCUGUAUUUCCAGCAUUAAAGAGCCAUGAAGACGCUGUUAUAGAAAUGUUUUAAAUCAAGUUUUUAUUCAUUUUUCCUGUUUUUUUGUAAAGAGCCAUGAAGACGCUGUUAUACUGAGAAAUGUUUUAAAUCAAAUUUUUAUUCACUUUUCCUGUUUUUUUUUGUAAACAUCAAUAUAUCUUGGUGUACGUGUCCCCUAUUUUUUGUGGUACUAAAUAAAUGCCCGCCCACGGCCAUACAGAAGCAAACCUGGACAUCUAUUUCAUCCUUUCAUCACGUACACAACCCGAGAAGCGCUGGCACCAGCUUACAUCGGUUGACUUCUUAUUGAAUUGAAUUUUGAGCCGGUGAUCUCAGCGAGCCAGUGUCUCCAUAAUUUUCAAAGCUGAAGACAAUAACAUCGAGCAGUUCCUAAAAAGCACCAUAUUCUUUUACCUGGGAAACAUUCUCAUUCUCAAAACAUUUCCAGUAAACUAUAACCGCCACUGUCUCAUAGUAAAACGUUUCGCAACUAAUUAUGCCCUCAUGAUGUAGUCACUUCUAAUGCAAAUCGAAGACACAGCCUUCAUCACGCGAUGUGAUCAACUUUUAUUAACUUCUCUCUAUAAAGUAUAAACAGUAAAUUUUAAUAUUUUUAUUACGAAUUUUGUGGUAUGUUCGAUAUUAAUUAUUAUCAUAAAGUUAUAUCCCGCUUAGCAACCCUGUUCGUUUCUUUCUGACUGAUGUGAAGCAAAAGACACAGCUUUUACAGUUCUAUCUUAAUUCUAGUUGGAUUUGAACGAUAAAACAGUUUGUGAAUAGAGCCUGUGAUAACUCAUUUUAAGCCUCCCUCUUUUACCUCUGGCUCAGCAGAUAAUAAAAAGGUUAUGA